ACCGGGGAGAACAGGGCGCCUAUGGAUCAUUCUCCCCGGCCUCCUUCAUGAACAAUUUUUGGUUUCCCCGUGAAGGCCAGGGGGAACAGACCGGUUUCGGGACCGUUCUGUCCACUGCCUCGAGUUACUUUCCGCCGUCCGAGUCUAUGGGCAUGAGUCGUGGUUUCGCCGAGACCUCCUGGCAUCCGUCGGACACAGUGACUUCCUCCGGCACCCUGAGUCGUAACUCUGACGUCCUACAUGCAACCUCCUCUACUGCCGGCACAUUGUCGGACCUUUCACAAACGCCCCAGCGACGGCCACCCUAUCCAACCCUGCCUCAUGAUUACUUACGCUUCUCCAGUGACGGUGGUCUCUCCGCCAUGGACUACACUCAGGGCGCCGCAGCUUUGAUGACCGCCAACACACAACAGGCCUCCUACUUUGAUCCCGGCAAUGCCUACGCUCCCUGGACCGAUGGAAGGAGUGGCGCGGGCAGCCAAUUUCAGCCCUACGGCUUUUUCACAGAGGCCAUGAACUCCAGACUGAUGCAGAAUGCUCCCUUCCCCUCGAGCUUCGAGGAACUGCAGCCCGUAACCGAUCUGAUCAACAGUUAUACACCACCCACCAAUGCAUACGACUCGAUUAACAACAAUCUGGUUGUCUGUAGUAUGCCCCCACCCCUGCUCUCGGACACCUUCUUCCCCACGGCAUUCAACUGA